AUGAUAGGAAGACCCUUGUGGUUUGAAAAAUCAACUCGGCUAGGCCAACGGUUGGGCUAUCCCAAGGUCUGUGUUGAGGUUGGAUUGGAAACUGAGUUCCCGGAGUCAUUGAAGCUUGUCCCAGAUCGAAGGCCUGCUUUUCAUGUCCAGUUGGAAUAUUAUAACAUGUCGGUGGCUUGA